ACACUUGAAUAGAAACAAAACCCGGCAUUUUCCACCGUCUGGGUGAGUCCUGUGUCGGGUGAAACUCUUGAGUCUUUGAGUCAAGUUACCCGAGCAACCUCUUAUUUCUCUUACCGGCAUGGAGAGCAGAAAGCGGCCGUUGGCGGCAGGUCCGUGCACCGCUGACGUUUUCAAAACGCCGGAGAAGAGAAUGGCGGUGGUCCGGCAACAGGACUCGGACUUCAUGGGAUGGGGAGUGGAGGAGACAUGUAAAUACCUGCAUCGGGAAGGAUUCGCAGAAUGGGAGGAUAAAUUCAGAGAGCAAAAAAUCACUGGUGUCGGGCUGCGAUACCUCCAAGAGCCCCAGUUGGAGAAGAUUGGCAUAGGACCCCUUGGUGUGCGUCUGCAAAUACUGCACAGCCUCAGGAAGUUGUGGCAGAUAACAGCAGAGACAAAUAAGGUGUUUAAUGAUCCCAUCCAUGGUCAUGUGGAGUUACACCCACUUCUCAUCAAAAUCAUCGACACACCCCAGUUCCAAAGACUACGAAACAUCAAGCAGCUGGGUGGGACCUACUUUGUCUUUCCUGGAGCAUCCCACAACCGUUUUGAACACUCCAUUGGGGUGGGGUACUUAGCAGGACGGCUUGUACAAGCCCUGAAUGAGAGGCAGCCAGAACUUCUCAUCUCUGGCAGAGACAUCCUUUGUGUGCAGAUCGCUGGUCUAUGUCAUGACCUUGGACAUGGGCCUUUUUCCCAUAUGUUCGAUGGGAUGUUUAUUCCUAAAGCACGUCCAGGGAUCAAAUGGAAGCACGAGGAGGCCUCUCUGGCCAUGUUUGACUACCUAGUUAGUGAUAACAGCCUAGAGCCAGUGAUGGAGGAACACGGCCUGGUUUUGCCUGAGGAUCUGAUCUUCAUCAAGGAGCAAAUCGCAGGACCACUGGGCACCAAAGGCCCUCUCAAUCAGUGGCCGUACAAGGGUCGAUCAGAGAACAAGUCUUUCCUCUAUGAAAUCGUGGCGAACAAAAGAAAUGGCAUUGAUGUCGAUAAGUGGGAUUACUUUGCCAGGGACUGCCAUCACUUGGGCAUCCAGAAUAACUUUGACUAUCGCCGCUUCCUGAAGUUUGCCAGGGUGUGUGAGGUGGAUGGGCAGAAGCACAUUUGCACUAGAGACAAGGAGGUAGGCAAUCUGUAUGACAUGUUCCACACAAGAAACUGCCUCCACAGAAGAGCCUACCAGCACAAAGUGGGCCAUGUCAUAGAGAACAUGAUCACAGAGGCCUUUUUAAAAGCAGAUAAGCACAUCAAGGUUCAAGGCUCGGGAGGGAAAAUGUACACCCUUUCCACGGCCAUAGAUGACAUGGAGGCCUACACCAAGCUGACAGACCAUGUGUUUGAACAAAUACUCAACUCCCAUGUCCCUGAGUUGGCUGAGGCAAGAAAGAUUCUACACAACGUUGUGUGUCGACGCCUCUACAAGUGUGUUGGCCAGACUCAGGCUGAGAACCACAUUACUGACACCCAGGAAAUUUGUCGCCGUUGGGCAGGUGAUGUGGCCAAAUCUAAGCCUCAGAGUGGCGUCCAGGAUGUCAAUCUGCAGCCAGAGGACUUCAUAGUUAGUGUCAUUGAAAUGGACUAUGGCAUGAAAGGAAAGAACCCCAUCAAUAAUGUGCGUUUCUACUGCAAGAAUGACCCCACCAAAGCAAUCCAGAUACGCAAGAACCAGGUGUCUAAACUUCUGCCAGAGCAGUUUGCAGAGCAGAUGAUCAGGGUCAUCUGUAAAAAAACUGAUGACAGGAGUCUAGAGGCAGCCAAGAAGCACUUUGUCCAGUGGUGCAUGGACAUGAACUUCUCAAAGCCUCAGGAUGGAGAUGUAAUUGCACCUGAGCUCACCCCUCUGAAAGCAGGCUGGUCAAACAACAAUGAAGGCGAGGAUGAUGAAGACGACGGCUGCAGACCAUUAAAUGGGAAAACGGUGAAUGGACAAAACAGAGCCAAAAAGCAGAUUCUCAAGUAAAGAUGAAGAGGGCAAACAAUACCUAGUUUUUUGACUGAGUAAUGAGACAGUCUCUUGUUACGUGGAAGUCAAAAUUAUAAUUUUUUUGUGAGUGUUUAUCAGCACAGAGAGCUAAAAAUCAUGAGUACUAUUUGAAAGCUUCAAAAUUGCAUGCUCAGGGCCUGUACUUUUUUUGUAAAGGUAAAUUAGUAAAUUAUUUUUAGCCCAUUUUAUUUCAGGCCUCUCUUUUGUUGGCAGUUUUAUAUGUCACAUUUUAAAUUAUAUCCUCUUUUUAUAUUAUGCUACCACAAGCAACCCACUGUCAUGUAAUCACAUUUCCCUCUUUUCAUCUUUGCUCUGUAUUUUGAAUUCUAUAAUAACAUGGUUGCCUGAUUAUUAUCUGUCAUAAUCAUCCAUCAUAAUCACUCAGUUGGUUGUGGUUAAAGGUUGCUAUGAACUAUCAAUCAUGUUUAGCUACACUGUUUUACUCUGUUUUAAACUUCAGAGUAGUGUGUUUUUACAGCAUACAGAUUUCAGGGAAUUUCUAUUCAGGAUGCAUCUAUAUUCAUGCUGUUUUUUUUAUUGCAUAAGUGCUUUAAACAGCAGGCUUAUCUAAUCAGCAGUUAAAGGAGGUCAUAAUGAACAAAUCCAUUUUGUGUGUUCCAGGGUGGUUAAUUGUUAGAGAGCAUUUCAGUGUAGUUGAGCCUUUAGUUUGUGGUUUGGGGAUUUAAAAAAAAAAAUUUGUAAUGCUGUUUGGUCUGAAAAUGUUAAUUUCAAGUUUGUUUACAACUUGUUUUUAAUUUGAAUGCAUUACUAUAGCUUAGAGUUUGUGGUUAUUUUGUGGUUUAUGUUGUACUAUAUUUAUUUUAUUCAUAGUAAGUAGCUCAUCUUGCCCAUUGCUUUCUCACUCUUUACCACUAUGGUUAAGACAUUUUGGAUACCAGGUUUUUUUUUCCAACUCAUCAAGUUUGCCUCAAAUGACUACUGCUUGUAUGAAAGGCUGUUUUGUUUUUUCACUGUGUGUUUAAAAAAAUACAUAUAUUUUUUGGGAAAAAAUGUAAACAGAAACCUACCCAAAGACAUUGAGACACCCUGUCAAAGUGAUUCCUGUUCAAAAGGGGCUGAGAACAGAUUAUGUCUACCAGUGGAUUGAAAAUAAAGCUCUCUUCUCUGCUGUC